AUGAUGAUGAUGAUGUCGGCGGUGCGGUAUGAAGACGUGGUGACGUGUAUCGCCCACCAGCUGAAAUGUCCGAUUUGUUUCGAGGUGUUCAGCCACCCGGUCACUCUCGCGUGCGGACACAGUUACUGCCUGCAGUGCAUUAAUAACCACCUGAAGCAGAGCGCGAGGAGGAGGGAGUGUCCUCAGUGCAGGGCGGAGCUCAGGACCUCCUGCAGGCUGCACAAAAACGUCACCAUCGCCGCCAUCCUGGAGCUACACGGAGCGGGGGGGCCGGGGGUGUGGGACAGGGUCCUGACCGGAAGUGACGAAGAGCUCGGUCAGGAUGCUCUACAGAGGAGACUGGACCUCUUGCAGCAGGAGAUAAAAAAGGUGGAAUCGCUGCUGUCAGAGUCUCAUUCGAACAUUCAGAACGGGAGAUGUUUCAUCAGAGACCGUAUCAGACCUCAGGAGACACCAGAGACACCGAACGUGUUGAGUUCCUCACCGGACCCUGAAGGAGGAAGUCCGUGUGCUGAGGAAAGCCUGGGUCCUCCAUCAGUCGCUCAGGGUGACGAGGUCGAUCAGACGGUGGAGUUUGGAUCAGAGGAGAGCGGAGCCAGAGUGUCUGAGGAUCCAGACUCUCUCAGCGGAGGCACAACGUCUGCAGCUGCAGCUCUUAGCGCUGAGUUCGUCUCGCUGUAUAUCUCGCCCCGGCUGAGUCACCGCCGUUUGGUUUUCAUCCCUCAGACACGGAGGGUAGAGGUGCGGUCUCAGCGUCUGAGGCCACAGCUCGGCCAUUUCGAAGCGUCCCAGUGUAUGGCGGAGCAGGAGUUCACCACAGGGAGGCAUUAUUGGGAUGUAGAGACGAGCGCGUGCAGCGGCUGGGCGGCCGGAGUGGCGUACGCCCACCUGGGAAAAGCUGAGCGGCUCGGGAGGAGUAAAUCGUCCUGGUGUAUCGAGUGGAGCAACUGCCGGUUCAGCGUCUGGCACGACGGCUCAGAGACGCAGCUGAAACAGACACACCCGAGCAGACUCCGGGUCCUGCUGGACAUGGACGGGGGACGGCUUUCCUUCUGGACCGGAGCGGAUGCAGAAACCGAGCUGUAUUACUUCUGGGUGAAGUUCAGAGGCCCGGUUAGACCUGCGUUCUGGCUGUUUGGGACGAAGGUUGGGAACGCCCUGUCCUUCCCCGGACCCUGACUUUGGCCUUGCUCACGGUCUUAUUCCAAACUUAAACACACUGUGAUGGGAAACACACACACACACACACACACACACACACACACAUAAUUUAUUAUUUAUCAGAUAAAUUAUGAUUAAAAGGUAUGGAAAUCUGCAUGAAUGUUAAAAUAAAUAAAUCCAAUACAAAUAAGAAAACACAAUCAGAAUUAGUAUUUUGUUUAUUAUAAGAAUAUUUUUUUUUCAUAUUCCGCGUCACAAUUUAUUAAGGCAUAUUGUUUAAUUACAGAUUAUUUUUUUACUAAAAUUCUAUUAUUAUUGUUAUAUUUUGUAUUAUAUAUUAUAUACUUUUUUUUUGCACUACCUAGUAGAGUGCAUAUGAUGCACACACGGCUACUUACCCUACUUUACAAUCCCCUUAUGUACACUCUACUGGAAAUACUCAGAAAAACAUAAAAUGAUAUAUAUAUAUAUAUAUAUAUAUAUAUAGAGAGAGAGAGAGAGAGAGAGAUAUUACUUAUAUAUAGAUAUUACAUUAAACAUUAUAAAACAAUAAUGUUUUUCUUUUCAUGUUAGUCUGUACUCUGAGAGCUACAAACAGCCGGAACCAAAUUUCUUGUGUGUCUCAACACUACUUGACGAAUAAAACCUGAUUCUGAUUUUCAUUAUAUAACAAAUUACUUAAAUGAAAUAAAAAUAAGUAUUAUUAUAUAAUAAUUAUUAGAUUGUUAGAUAUCUAAUGUGAUUACUGUUUUAGAUUAUUGUGCAUAUCUG